UGUCAGCUCGACGCAGUGGAGAGGGGCGACACGGCGUUGUUUUCGCUCAGCCUGGGAGAAUAAAGCGUGUUAAUCGGUGUAGAAAGAAAACCUGCGCCGAAACGGUGAUAUUUAGUGUUAAGUAUUACUUUUAUUCGCACUAAAAACCCCGUCGCAGUGUGAGAGACAUGCCCGGACAGACGGUAAACGCUGCUGGCGCUGUGGCUCCGAGCAGCGGCGCUCAGAAAUCAUUUCCUUUUGUGUUGAAGAAAAUCAUGGAAAUUCCUCCACCUAAUAUUCUGGACGAUGGGGACGACGAGAUCGAGAAGGAGAAGCUGAGCUCAGGUGGAGAUGGGCAGUCUUGUGGAGAUGGAGGUGGAGGUGGUGGAGGCGGUAGUGGGUCCGGGGGUGCGGGCAGUGUUUCAGCCUCCCUCACCCCCGCCAUCUGGGACAAGACCAUCCCUUACGACGGUGAGAACUUCCACCUGGAGUACAUGGACCUGGACGAGUUCCUGCUGGAGAACGGCAUUCCCGUGGCUUUAGAGGAGGAACUGCAAAAGAGUCUGGAGCAGGAACGCCACGCCAGCAACGCUCAACCACCUUCUACAGCGGCCCCCGCAGCCCCGGAGGAGGCACCUAAAGAGGCAGAGGUAAAGGAGAAAGCUAAAAAAACAGAGGACGAGAAAGACGAGGAGGAGGAGGAGUGCGACAGUGAUGCAGCUGAACUGCAGGUCAUGGAGAACGCUAUAGAGCCUAAAAGUAACUCGGACCGUGUGACCCCCUCUCCGAUUAACCCUGAGGACAUUGAGGUGAACAUAAACUUCCAGCCGGACCCGACAGACCUAGUUCUGUCCUCCGUUCCAGGAGGAGAACUGUUCAACCCCCGCAAACAUCGAUUCAGUGAGGAGGAGCUCAAACCACAGCCUAUGAUAAAAAAGGCCAAGAAGGUCUUCGUUCCGGAGAACGCCAAGGAUGAUAAGUACUGGUCGAGGAGGAAGAAGAAUAACGUGGCGGCGAAGCGUUCUCGUGAUGCUCGGCGGCUGAAGGAGAAUCAGAUUGCGGUGAGGGCAGGGUUUCUGGAGCGGGAGAAUGCGGCGCUGCGGCAGGAAGUGGCCGAGCUAAGGAAGGACUGCAUCCGCUGCAAGAAGAUGAUGUCUCUGUAUGAGUCCAAAUACGGCCCGCUGUAGAAGAAUCACCCAGCCUGGCAUAAAAAACUCCCAUAAGGAACAACUCCAACCAAACUCCCAACUACUCACACAGUUCCAGAUAGGAUAGACCGAGAUUGUGGGUAAAUUCAGAGGCGGGGCCGUGCGGUGAUGUGAAAUGGGACUUGCCCAAACGCACUUGCGCAGUUUAGGAGAAUUUUAGAAGAAUAAUCAUUAUAAAAGAGUGUUAAUCACAAAAUCUGAAAUGCAUUUAACAGCAGCUCCUGCAGAUUAACCGUAGAUCACCGGGGGCCCGUCAGCAGUGGGGAUCCGACAGUGCCACCGAGUCUCACCCAGACCCGGAGAACCUGGAAGAAAACAGACGAUAAACUCAAAUCUAAACACCACAGUAAACAGAUGAACUCAACACCGGACCAAAGAAUGAACUAAAUCGUGCCCCUCAUCAUCCCCCAUCCCGGCAGCUGACUGCCUCUCUCCUCUACAGUGAAGCUCACGCUCCUACUCGCUCAAAUCGCCAGCGAGGGGCACAUUUAUUGAUUUAUUCACAGCGAGUGAGAGAGGGACACCCCUGCAUGAGCUGCAGGCAGGAGGAAAGACGAUGUCCUAAUAAAAAAGACAGAAAAAAUCUAAAUCUAAGGGUUUGUGCGUGUGUGUGUGUAUGUGUGUGGAAGGGAAGGGGGAGCCCAUAGUUACCUUGGCUUUUAGUUUGCCAUCCUCAGAGAAUGUGUGUUUCUUUUUUUCUCAUUUUUACCCUGAAUUGAGUGAGUGUGAGUCUAUCUGUGUGAGUGUAACUGCGUAGUAAUUAGCUCACAGUGCAAAUAAAUGCAUGACAGCAGUCUCGGUUGCUGGGGUUGUAGCAGUCGGGAGAGGAACUGUUAUUGUUUAGAGGUUUUUCUGCUGCAGAUGAUAAUGCCGGUGUAUGCAGUUGCUUAAUAUCUUUGGAAACGAUGAUAAAUUUAAGAGAUUUUGCCAUGGGUUCUUCCUAGGGCUGCACAAUACGGACACACUAUUGUAAUCAUAUCUAUAUGACCAGAUAAUCUAGUUGUUAAAAAACCAACGUCAUAAGUUUUUUUUUUUUUAUUAUUAAAUUUGGCUGAUAUUUGAAGGUUAUGUUUAUAUAUAUAUUUAUUGAAGAUAUUUUACAGCAUACACAACACUAUUUCUAUAAUUGUACAUUUAUCUAUGGUGCAGAUCCAGGUGGAUUUAAUACACAUAGAUACCUAUAUACCACAAGUCAUUUGCAAAGAACACAUUUUUGACACAGUUUGUCACAAAAAAGGCAAUCCAAAAAAAAGAGAUGAGAUAUAAAGAAAGAAAGACAAAGGAAGAAAGAAAGAAAAAUACAAUUUAAUUUAACCUAAACAUAACUUUGACAUUACUUUCUAUAAUUUCAGCAGACAAACUAACAAAGCACAAUACAUUUAUCUCAGCAUUGCUAUUCUAGUCAUACAUUUACUAAAGCAGUGCUACUCAAGGCACAAAUUUUCCUCAGUAGUGCACUCUUAUUGAUACAUUUACCUCAGUAAUACUAUUCUAAUCCAAAAUUUAUGUCAGCAGUGAUGAUAAAGUCACCUGUGAGUGAAAUUUACAGAGAAAGGCAGACAAGCUUUUGGUAAACCAAUGCAAAGUUAGCUCGGCCAACAUUUCAACCCUAGCCAUGUAUAGCUCGUAUCUUUCAACUGAACAACUUAGAGCUGAUAAGUACAUGUAUUGAUGGCACUAAAUUCCUGUAUCAGUGUAGCCCUACAAAGCAUAAUACGACACUGAUGCAUAUUGCAGGAUGCAGAGUGAAACACUGACUUUCAUUAUUUCACUUAAAUUAAUUAUGUUUGUAGGAUGAUUCAAAUGCCCACAGAAUCAAAUCUAGAAAAUUAUUCCAACAGUGUCUAACAGUGUUUGGACGCUCAUCUGCAUAUUGUAAUAUUUUCUGCAGUAUGAGUACCUGCAGUCUAGUCUUAGUCCGGUGUCAGUUAUGGGUAUAUUGUGCAGCCCUGGUUGGUGCUGUAGUGUGGUGGUGUUCGGCGUAGCUGCAGCUGCAAGUGAUUGGUGUACUGGUUUGCCUAGUAAGAAGAGGAGAUGUACAUAAUGCCAUAAUGCUUUUUGUUUGUUUUUCGUUUCUCAGAAUCUGCUCUUUCCAGAGAGCCGGCUGUUGUUUUUGUUGUGAUAAUUUUGAUCUGUUUCUCACUGUUCUGUGAUCAGUGAUUCUGUCCUGCUUUUACUGCAUCUUGGUAGUGAUGUGUGCACUAUUAAUUCUUUUUCUAAUUAUACUGAAAUAUUAUGAACAUAAAGAAUAUAUCUAUAAUCUUUGUUUAAAGUACAAACUGAGUUAUCGUGCAGGGAUUAAACUGUGGUUUCCAGGCGGUCGGCGACCAGCAGACUGGAGUCUUUCCACAAAGCUUUUUUUUUUCUCCAUUUUGUAUCUUUUGGAACUUCUCAAACUAGGGCAAUACAGCGCUGCUCACGUUUACCUCGCUGGCUUUUGGCUUAAAAAGUGCUCUAUAGUAGGGGGGGAGGUGGAGUUAGGGAUAAUGGAGCUCUCCUACAGGGGGUGCUGUGUGAAUACAGCAGAAAGAGAGAGCAAUAAUUGUGCAUAAUAGUCUUUGAUAACAGAUUUUGUCUAUAUAAAAUGCAUGUUGGGUAAAGGACAUUUUCGAGACAUCUUCAGAGAAGAAGCUCCAGACAGUGGUCAGAGUGUGAUGUUCAUUUCAGCCUCACGCUUCACUUUUUUGCUUCCGAGUUCUGUCCAGAUAAAAUGGAUUAUGGGUGAUUUUUAAAGAAUUUCUAACUGCAGCGACGGGCUUCCAGUUUUACACAGGCUCCCUGGUUUCGUUUCUGUGGGACAGCCGCAAAAUUUUACUCAACGACAAAAAAAAAAAAAAAAACACAAAGUGUACUUAAUGAGUCUGUAGCAGAUGAAUCGUUUAACCGGAAGCCGGCUGCUUUUCUUUGCCAAACUGAAGUCAUGAUUGUGUUUUAAAUGUUGUAAAAGAGAGAAAUGAACAUACGAGUAGAAUAUUAACAUAGCCUCAUUUCUCUUGGGUUUAUCAGUGGCAUGCUGAUCGUAGGCUAGUCGGUGCUUCCAUUAGGGUGCAUUACCUUUGAUCUCUCAGAUUCCUUUGUCCUCGAAUCCGAUUCUGUCCCUUUCACUCAUACACUCUCUGUUAACAGUUUGGGAACACCAGAAAUGUGUUAAGGAAAUGGUUAUUAAAGAAACCUCAAGGAACACUCUUUGUGGAAGAAAAAUUUCAUUUCUUUAAGACUUGAUUCAUUACUCCACAUGGUGGUGCUAAUCAAAUAAAUAACCUAAAAAACCUGCGAUGAAAAAUAUUGGUUGUUCUAUUGUGUGAAACUGACCAGUGAAUCUAUAUUUUCUGGUAUUUGCUUAUCUAGCAGUACUUUAGAAUUUUUGUGAAGUAUCGUAGAGAAUUGGUGUCCCAAACUCUUGACUGGCAGUGUAGCUACAGCUUUAUUACUGUUUUAGUACAGUAGAAUCCUGGACUUGUUUUACUGCUGGAAGCAAAAGCUCUGGUUUUGUCUGUUUAGUUUAACAGCCUGUUGUGGCGAGUCUUAAAUACAACCAUCAACCAUACCUCUGUCCUCUCUGCCUUUACUCUCAUCUCUCACCUCUCUGUCUCCUCUGUCCUCCCUCUCUGUUUUCUCUCUCUCCGAGGUCCUCUGUCUUCGUGUCUGAAGAUUCAGUUUUGGAAAUGUCUCUGUCUGUUUCUCUCAUGCUGAUCAGCCAUGGCCUCUAAAACCCCUGCUCGAUACUGGUGUAGGUCCAGAAUGGUUCUGACCCCUCAAGGCCUAGAUUUCACCAGACCUCUGAAGGUGUUCUGUGGUUAGCAGCAGUGAAUUGGGUUGUACGUCCAUUGGGUGAGCCUGACCUGUCAGUAGGUGGCGCUCUUUUGGUAGAUACUGACCACUGUAUACCGAGAACAUUACACUGGUUCCUGCCUGCCCAAUUUCAAACCUUAAGAUCGGACUGUUCACUUGCUGCCUAAUAUGUAGAUCCUACCCAUUGGCGGUGGUAUUAAGGUUAUGGCUGAUUGGUGCAUGUCUAAAAAGUGUUUUUUUUUUGUUUGUUUUUUUGUCAAUUGUGGAAUAUUCCAGCGUUAAUCUGGGCUUUUUAUUUGUGAUGAUAAUCUUAAUGCAGGCGAUGAAGCCGAGUGUAAUGAAGAAAACAUCCGUAUACUGAACCAUGGAUAUGUAGCACUUGAGAGGUUUUCUUUCUACAUCAUUUUAGUCAAACAAAAUAAACCUAAUAAUAAUAAUAAUAAUUAUCUUUUCUUAAAUAAAAAAAUAAAUGUCUUGUUUUUUGUAAGUGACUCUUUUUCUCUGUGUUUUGGUGAAUUUUUAAUGUUUGUUUUUGUAUUCUGUAAGGUUUGGGUUUUCUAUAGAUGUAAUUUAGGUUGUUUUUUGAGGGAUAAGAUAUGAUGUAAUGCAACAUGUCCCACAUCUGUGUCUGUAGAAUAAAGUGGAAUUUAAACUAAA